AUGAUCUGCAUGCAAACCGCCCCCCUGAGGGCUGUCGCCUUCACCCGCCCGGUCGUGAAGUCGCACCGCCAGUUCCGCUCUGCCCCUGUCGUGCUGAGGGCUGUCAACGAGGAGAGCCUGGGCGACAAGGCGCGCAACGCCUACGAGGACGCCAAGAACGCCGUCGGCAACGCGGCUGAGACCGCCAAGGAGAAGAUCUCCGGCGCGGCCGACGAGCUGCAGGGCGCCGGCGAGGACAUCGCCGACAAGACGAAGCGGGAGGCACGCUCCGCUCAGGGCACCGCCGAGCGCAAGCUGGACAACACCUCCGGGUCGGCCAAGAGCGCGUACAACGACGCUAAGGGAGAGGCAAAGGAUCUUGGCCAGCAGGCCAAGGACCAGUUCAACAAGGCCAAGGGCGCGGUCGAGGACUUUGCCUCCGAUGUGAAGGGUGAUGCCAAGGAUGCUACCCGCGACGUGAAGAGCGGUGGUCGGGACCUGAAGUCCGAUGCCAAGAGCGCGGCUCGUGAUGCCAAGAACGAGGGCAAGAACCUCGCCGACCGUGCUGGUGAUGCCAUCAAGGAUGUUGGUGACAAGCUGAAGCAGUGA